CGAGAGGCCCUGCCGUUUCUUCCAAGCCGGGCGAGGGCCAUGGUGCCGGUGCUUCCGCGGCUGUAUCUGAGCGGCACCGAUCUUGGCCCGGCAGGCGGUUCCGGAGAGCCCGCCGUCACGGCCCUGCUGCUGGUGGACUCGGAGCCGCCCGGAGCCGCUGCGCUUGCGGGCUUUGAGAGCGCGUUAUUUGUCCAGGCGCUGGACCGACCGCAGAGCGAUCUGCUGAGCCGCUUGGACGACUGCGCGGCUUUUCUUAGCCAGGCCCGAGAGCGCGGCGGAAGCGCCCUGGUGCGCUGUCAUGCUGGAGUUAGCCGAAGCGUUGCUAUUGUGACUGCCUAUUUAAUGAAAACUAAUAAUCUUCCUUUUCAAGAGGCCUAUGCCUUUGUCCAGGCCAUCAAACCUGAUGCUAGGAUGAAUGAAGGCUUUGAGUGGCAGCUGAAACUCUAUGAAAAAAUGGGCUGUAAGGUUGAUGUAAACAGUACCAUUUAUAAGCAGUAUCGUUUGAAAAAUAUUACAGAGAACUGUUCUGAGAUGGAAGAUCUGCCUGGUAAUGUCUUUGCAGUUGAUCCAAACACAGUACAUCAAAUUCCAAACCAUGACGUUCUUUACAGGUGUAGGAAAUGCAGGCGUCUGCUGUUUCGAAGUUCAAGCAUUUUGCCCCAUGAUGAAGGCAAAGGACCUGCAGCAUUUGCUCACAAAAAAAUUUCAGAGCCUAGAUCUUUUGGCCAUAGAGGUCAAACAAACUGUACUUCUUACUUCAUUGAGCCAGUCCAGUGGAUGGAGGCGGCACUGUUAGGAGUGUUGGAAGGACAGCUCCUGUGCCCAAAAUGUACAUCAAAGUUGGGCUCUUUUCACUGGGAUGGUGAGCAGUGCUCCUGUGGUCAUUGGGUGACUCCUGCCUUCCAGAUUCACAAGAAUCGCGUAGAUGAAGUGAAAAAGUUGCCCAAUGUGGAACCGCAGACUGUGAGAAAGUGAACUUGGUUUGUAUUAGGGCAACUCCAUAUAACUGGCACAGAGAUACACAUUUUAAUUAAUGCUUGGUCUUACGCAGUAUUUUUUUUUAACUUUAUAAUAAUACUAGGCAAAAUAUUCAGCAGAGCUAAUUGGACACCACGGUGGAACAUUUCUUGAAAGUUUUAAUUUCUUAAGACUGAACAGUAAAGAAAUGUUUGGUCACACUAGGGCAUAUUUGCACAACAUGACUGCUCUGACCAAGGUUAGCUGCAAAUGCAUCCAGAGGUUCUUCCUUCUGAAAAAUUCAGCUGUGUUGUAUGCAUGAACGAUAUCUUCCCAAUAAAAAUAUUCCUGGAA